AUGCUUCCAGAUCCCCAGAUGCAUUGCAUAGUGACUUCAGGUCUCCAAUACUUGACUAUUACCUAUGGCUGGAUCACACAGUUGAUGGCUUUCAUGCUGGGUGCUGUCGAGCUUUGGAAGAAACCUAUGACUGGUGGUGGUGGUGGUGGUGAGGAUGUUCAGCACUUGCUCAAGGUGGUUGAUGCCUCUCUUGAUCCACCUCAUCCCAAAGUAGACCCAGAACAAGCUAUCGAGCCUAUAAAUCCUAUCGGUAUGGAUGAUUCAAAUACUCCCAUAGCGACUGAGUCAAAUAAUGCAGAUGUGCCAUCAAAUCCAUUUCCACCAUUUUCACUUCCCUUUGAUCAAAACUGCACAAGGAUUGCUCUGCAGACUCUCAGUGGGCGUGCACGGGAGGUGCUUGUUGGCGGGUUUGGUAAAUGGCUUCCCAGCCACAUUGCCAUGCAGUUGCGAGAAAUCCAAGGAUUAAAUCACACUGAAUCAUGGGAGAAUCUUAUGGAGAAUGGGCUUCUCAUCAUGGCAAGAAGUUAUGAUGAAUCUCUUGAGAUAUUUGGAAUGGUGGAGAUGAUGAUCAAAUGCCAGGACUUAUGGGUUGACCGUGGUGGAAUGGCAUGGUUUUUCACCACAGCUGGUCAAGCACUGUACACAUCUCGCCAUGGUGCAGAAUGCACCGUCGAGUAUGGCCAAGAGUUUCCAUUCUCAAUUGCAACACAGGAACAAUUUGAGACACUCACUUCAGUCAAGAGCGGCUUGUAUGUAUAUUGUGGUGUAGCACGACACAACAAGGGUGUCCAUCACAAUUCAGUUGAUGCUCAAUCACAAAACAACCCAGAAUUGGAGCAAGACACUCAUACACACAAUGGACCUAAGCUACACGAGCCAUGGUAG